CCCCAGUGCCCCACUCCACCCCUCACCAACAUGGCCGCCUCGAUGACAGCCCCUCCUGCGCGUUACGGACGUAGCGACUCGUGACGUCAUAGGAAGGCGACGGUUGUCGGCGGGGGCUACACGUGUACAAGGGUUUGGAAAUUUACCGGCUGAGCCAUGGACACACCGCUAAGGCGCAGUCGACGGCUGGAAGGCCUACUGCCCGAAUGCUCCGAGAGCCUCACCUUAGUUUCGCGGGCGAGACGGGCCCUUGUGGAGUUCGAGUCGAACCCAGAAGAAACGAGGGAGCCCCGGUCUCCUCCAAGUGUGCAGCAAGCUGGCCUGGGCUCCCCCGAAAGGCCGCCGGAGACAAGCCCAGGAUCACCCAGUCUGCAGCAGGGUGCAGGCUUGGAGUCCCCCCAAGGGCACCCAGAGCCAGGCCCAAGCUCCCCCCAGCGUCAACAAGACCUACACCCGGAGUCGCCUCAAAGACAGCCGGAGUCCAGUCCUGAAUCCCCACGAUGUCAGCCGAAGCCAAGUGAGGAAGCGCCAAAGUGUUCUCAAGGCCAGGGAGUACUGGCCUCGGAGUUGGCCCAGAAUAAGGAGGAGCUGACCCCGGGGUUCCCCCAGCAUCAGCUACCGCCGGGUCCAGGGUCACCAGAGCCUUACCCCGGUCAGCAAGCUCCAGGUCCGGAGCCCUCGCAGCCACUACUGGAGCUGACACCCGAGACACCUGGCUCCCCCCGGGGUCAGCACGAGCCGAGCAAGCCACCUCCAGCUGGAGAGACGGUGACAGGCGUCUUCGGGGCAAAGAAGCGAAAAGGUUCUUCAUCCCAAACCCCAGCGUCCAAGAAGUUGAAGAAGGAGGAGCUUCCUGUAAUCCCGAAGGGGAAGCCCAAAUCGGGGCGAGUGUGGAAGGACCGCUCCAAGAAAAGAUUCUCCCAGAUGCUCCAGGACAAGCCCCUGCGCACAUCGUGGCAGCGGAAGAUGAAGGAGCGACAGGAGAGGAAGCUGGCCAAGGACUUUGCCCGUCACCUGGAGGAGGAGAAGGAGAGGCGCCGCCAGGAGAAGAAACAGCGCCGGGCUGAGAACCUGAAACGCCGCCUGGAGAAUGAGCGGAAGGCAGAGAUUGUCCAAGUGAUCCGAAAUCCUGCGAAGCUCAAGCGGGCAAAGAAGAAGCAGCUGCGCUCCAUUGAGAAGCGGGACACCCUGGCCCUGCUGCAGAAGCAGCCACCCCCACGGCCGGCAGCCGAGAUCUGAGCUCAGGACAGCCGAGGCCGUCCAUGGCCAACCACCAUGCCAGACACAGCACCUCCAGCCGCUGCUCAGAUGCCUCUGCUGGCUCCGGCACUCCAGCCCCUUGGCCCCAAAACAGGGACCCCACCGCGACCGGGGCUCCUGGGCCUUUGAAGGCUUGCAGACAGGUCUAUGUGGGACACAAGCCCAGAGGAGGCCUGGGACCUGGCAGAGAUGUGGACGAGAAGAGAAUCAGCCCCUAUUCCUCCUUCCUCCCCUUCUCCAAGUGCCUUCAAACCAAGAACAGUACAUUCUUCUGGUUCCUCAGUGAGCUGGUGACUGACGGGUGGCUCCCCCAGUGGUGUGUGUCUUGUUUCAGUGUCCUGGGUCCAUCCCAGGCCUGGAGGCUGGCAGCUGGGAAUCCAGCUUCCCCUACACCUUCCCAAAGGCUGCUCUGGGCACCUCUGCACCCCGCUGGCUCUGUCCCCAGCAAGCUGAAUCCGGCUCCCCAUUCUCAACACUGAAAGAUUAAAAUGGCGAGGUCGCAGGGAACAGGGUUUUUCCCUAGCACCCCCUCUCCCAAGCCAGAUUCUGCAGAAGCCCCAGAGAAUCUAACUCCUGUCCUUCUAGUCUACAGCACAAAUAUUUAUUGAGUGCCUGUUGCAUACAGGCACAGAUGGUAGGCACCAGCAAAUACAUACAGUAGACCAAAGUCCCUGCCCUCGAGGUGCUUUCAUUCUGAUGGAGAGAAAACAUAAUAAACAAGCAAAAUG